ACUGUUGCUUCAGCCCGACCCCCCUACACUUCUGUCGCACUGCAGUAGGUCGUGUUCCCAAAAUCCGCGUCGGGGGCACACUGUCGACGUUCUUGGCUGCUUAUCUCGAGUCCGCGACGCCUCCCCACACCGAACGCUGUGCAGGUCCUUCGGCCUUCGGUGUACACCGUCCUUCCGUCCAAGCCCUCAGCAAGCAUCCUUUAUUAGUUCGCGAGUCGUAACUUUUCCGCUCUUUACUGCCCCAUCGCUCUCGUUCCUCGACGCGACAAUCAUGACGGACAUUCUUGUGGGCAUCAAGUUUGACAAUACGUUAGGCGCCCUGUUCGUCGGCUUCGCUGCGUCUGCCGUAGGCUUCGGUAUCUUCACAACACAGGUGUGGACAUACUACGGGAAAUACCCUGGAGACAAGCUCGCAUAUAAGCUUCUCGUACUUGCUCUAUGGUUGUUGGAGGCUGGCCAUCAAGCCUUAGUAGGGCAUACAGUGUACUAUUACAGCGUAAGCAACUACUUGAAUCCAGUUCCACUGCUCCUGGGUAAGCCUGCAUGGAGCUUGGUCAUUCAGCUCGCCGUCGGUGCAUUGGUCGGCACUGUUGUGAAAGUAGCGUUUUGUGUCAGAGUCUGGCGCUUCAGCUACCGCAAUUGGCCCCUUACGAUCUUUUUGCUCUUCCUGACGCUGGCACAAAUGGGCCUUGCCGUCACUUUUACCGUUGAAGCAUUCAAUAUCCCGUCCUUGGAAAAGCUCACCGAUAUUAGGGUCGUGGGGAGCGUUGAUCUGGGGCUCGCAGUCGCCAACGAUGUGUGCAUCGCGGCGGCGCUUUGCUACUAUCUGCAGAGUAUGCGCAGGGCACAUACGCGCUCUACUGCGGACAGUCUUAUCAACAGGCUAACUCUGUAUGCCGUCAACACUGGCAUCCUUACAAGCGCUUGCAGUCUUACCACUCUGGUGCUCUACAAUUUGAUGCCCCAAAACUUCAUCUUCAUCGGAUUCUAUUUCGUGCUGAGCAAGUUGUAUGGCAUAUCUUUCCUAGCAACGAUGAACACACGCCAGAUCAUCCGCGGCCGCGGCACUGACAGGCAGGGUGGCAAGACGACGUCAUUUCGCAUGGUGGGCCAGGAGAAUACGCUUGGGCUUCCGAUGCAGCUCCCCGAAUAUGAGACGACUGCAUCGAAGUAUUCUGACACUGGUUCCCCCACAAAGUCGGCCAUGCAGAUCGAAGUUGGCGUUAAGACCGAUGUUGUACAUCACUACGGCGAUGCUUGGUAAUUCCGUCGUGGAUAUUAUCCACUUACUUGAGGACCCAACUCAGCACAGAUUCGCGCAAACAUCGUCCCUGGACUCCGCCAUUCAAGUCAUUGCUUUCAACUCCCUAUUGUACAAGUUCGCUGUCUUUCUCCGGUUCCAGCCCAUCUGCUCCCCUUUGUUGUCUGUUACCUAAGUAACUUAUCUAGUCGCAUCUGUAUUCCUCAGUCUGCUGGCAGUGGCAGCAGACCUCACGCUCAACCCGCUUCCUUCACAUCGAAUCAUCCGCUCUUUACUCGGCUAAACUGAUUCGCUUCUUCGAUGUUUCUUUUCUCUGUUUUCCUUAUGCUCGUCGGGCUGCUCCUUCGUUUCAAGCUGUCUAUGGGCUGAACCAGAUUCUUUGCUUGUUGCACCACCACCAUCAUUUGUAUAGUAAUUCUUGAACGGCAAUGUAUUAGACUUUCAUUGAUC